AUGCCAUCAAAUCCCUCAUCCAAGGAGAAGAAAUUGCAAUUGCAAGCUAAAACUGAUGAUGAAGAGUUGCCUCCUUCGAUUUUAUCGAGGAAUCCAUCGUCUCCACCAUUAAAUAACCAAAUACCGAGUGCCCAGUCUGAACCUCAAUCUCGUCCUGGUAUCACGCAAUCAGCUUCAUUUCAACUGCUGUCUGCGCAACCAAAUAAUAAAGUUGCUCCCCAGUUGCAACCAACGUCUUCGCCAGAGAGUGACCAACAAAAGAAGGAAACUGUUAUGGCUGGAGGUGUUUAUUUGAAAGAGAAGUUGCACUCUGAUUCAUUGGUGAGUACGUUAAACUCAUUGAAUUUGAAAAACUCGACUGGAUCUCCAACGAUACUUAGUGACAACAAUGAGUCAGUCACAAGCUUGGAUUAUUUAUUACAACCACCAGCUGACCCGCAACACCACAAGACUCCAUCUGUACACGCUCAUUUCUAUGUUGAUGAGGCUGUAAAACCACCCAAGGUGGGCAAUAGAUCAAGAAGUGGGUCGGGAUCAAAUUCCAACUCAGCAGGAUCCCACGCAGCUUUACAAUCGUCCUUCUAUCCCUUACGUGAUGGAUCCAAAAGUCAUGAUAGCAUCAGAGAUGCUGUGUCUCUUGGGUCAGCAACUUCAUUGACAGCAGCAUCGUCAUCAACUCAAGCGCAAGUUCCACAUCAAGCCUCGCAAAUUACUCGUCAACAAUCACCCAGAAUUUUGGAACAAAAUGCCAAUAUUGAUCCAAGACUACCACAAGAUGAUGGGAAAAUACACGUUUUGCUUGGUGUAUGCGGUGCACUUUCUACAGGUAAAAUCAAACUCAUUAUCAACAAAUUGUUUGAAAUUUAUACACCAAACAAGAUUGCCAUUCAGCUCAUACUUACCCGAUCGAGUGAAAAUUUCCUUCUACAAGAAAGUCUUAAUGUAUUGGAAAAUGUAAAGGGAGUACGAGUUUGGCGAGAUGCCGAUGAGUGGACGACUUGGAAAACGAGGCUGGAUCCAGUUUUGCAUAUCGAACUACGUCGAUGGGCGGAUAUAUUGGUUGUAUGUCCUUUGACUGCAAACACGUUAUCCAAGAUUUCACUUGGCAUCUGCGAUAAUUUAUUGACCAAUGUCAUUCGUGCUUGGAAUACUUCAUAUCCGAUAUUAUUGGCACCAGCAAUGGUUAGUUAUUCGUAUAAUGCUAUAACUACAAAGAGGCAAUUGAGGAUGAUUGCCGAAGAAAUGCCAUGGAUUGAAGUGUUGAAGCCACUGGAGAAGGUGUUUGGAAGUUAUGGGGAUAUAGGUAUGGGUGGAAUGAUGGAUUGGAAUGAAGUUGUUAACAAGAUUGUGUUGAAGUUAGGUGGAUAUCCAGAAGUUAUUGAGGAAGAAGAUGAGGAGGAGGAAGAGGAGGAUAGUGAGGCAGUGCUGAAGAAGAAGAAAGAGUUGAAGCUGAAAGAGCUGGCCGACAAGGAGUCAAGUCUGGCUAUUGUAGAUGAGGACGACGAUGAAGAUGAGGAUGACGACGAUGAAGAAGAAGAAGAUGAUGAUGAUGAUGAGGAUGAUGAUGAUGAGGAUGAUGAUGAUGAUGACGACGAUGAUGACGAUGAUUACGACGAUGGGGAAGAAGCAGAGAGCACUGGACAAGGGCAACUACAAGUGGAGCACAAGGUAAAUGGAGAUCAACAUUUGUACAAACCCAAGCCUCAUUCUCACCAAAACGGAGAAGCCAUCAAACCUGUCCCAAUAUCGUUGGAUUCAGAAUCCAAAUCAAGCCAUCCUCAUUAG